AUGAGCAUCAAGACAGCAUUGCCCGCGGCGGAGCUGGGCUUAUACUCCCUGGUGCUGAGUGGGGCUCUGGCCUAUGCUGGUCGGGGUCUCCUUGAAGCUUCACAAGAUGGGGCCCACAGGAAGGCUUUCCGGGAAUCUGUGAGACCUGGCUGGGAGUAUAUUGGCCGGAAGAUGGACGUGGCUGACUUCGAGUGGGUGAUGUGGUUCACCUCCUUCCGAAACAUCAUCGUCUUCGCCCUCUCUGGACAUGUGCUGUUUGCUAAACUCUGCACGAUGGUUGCCCCCCAGCUCCGCUCCUGGAUGUAUGCCGUGUAUGGGGCCCUGGCUGUGCUGGGCACGAUGGGCCCUUGGUACCUGGGGCUGCUGCUUGGCCACUGUGUCAGCCUCUAUGUGGCCUCACUUUUGGGCCAGCCCUGGCUCUGUCUUGGCCUCGGCCUGGCCAGCCUUGCCUCCUUCAAGCUGGAUCCCCUCAUCUCCUGGCAGAGCGGGUUUGUAACAGGCACUUUUGAUCUUCAAGAGGUGCUGUUUCACGGGGGCAGCGGUUUCACCGUGCUGCGUUGUACCAGCUUUGCGCUGGAGAGCUGUGCCCACCCUGACCGCCGCUACUCCCUAGCUGACCUGCUCAAGUACAAUUUCUACCUGCCUUUCUUCUUCUUCGGGCCCAUCAUGACCUUUGAUCGCUUCCACGCCCAGAUGAGCCAGGUGGAGCCGGUGAGGCGCGAGGGUGAGCUGUGGCGCAUCCGGGCCCAGGGCGGCCUCAGCGUCGUGGCCAUCGUGGCCGUGGACAUCUUCUUCCACUUCUUCUACAUCCUCACCAUCCCCAGUGACCUCAAGUUUGCCAACCGCCUCCCAGAGAGCGCCCUCGCUGGCCUAGCCUACUCAAACCUGGUGUACGACUGGGUGAAGGCGGCCGUCCUCUUCGGCGUGGUCAACACAGUGGCGCGCCUUGACCACUUGGACCCUCCCCAGCCUCCGAAGUGCAUCACCGCUCUCUAUGUCUUCGCCGAAACGCACUUUGACCGUGGCAUCAACGACUGGCUUUGCAAGUAUGUGUAUGACCACAUUGGUGGGGAGCACUCCAAGGUGAUUCCAGAGCUGGGGGCCACCGUGGCCACCUUUGCCAUCACUACUCUGUGGCUUGGACCUUGUGAUACUGUUUACCUGUGGUCAUUCCUUAACUGCUUUGGCCUCAACUUUGAACUCUGGGUGCAGAAGCUGGCCGAGUGGGGGCCCCUAGCACAAAUUGAGGCCUCUCUGUCGGAGCAGAUGUCUCGCAGGGUCCGGGCCCUCUUUGGGGCCAUGAACUUCUGGGCCAUCAUCAUGUACAACCUUGUAAGCCUGAACAGUCUUGAGUUCACAGAGCUGGUUGCCAGGCGCCUGCUACUCACAGGGUUCCCCCAGACCACUCUGGCCGUCCUAUUUGUCACCUACUGUGGUGUCCAGCUGGUGAAGGAGCGAGAGCGAACCCUGGCCCUAGAGGAGGAGCAGAAGCAGGACAAAGAGAAGCCGGAGUAGGUGGGAGGAGGCAGAGGGGAGAGGGAUAGGCUCUGCUCAGCUAUUCCCGGGCCCAGGCCCAGGCCCAGGCCAGGCCGGAUGGGGCCUGACCGCUAGAAUAAAAGACUUUUCUACCA